UGAUUGACUUCGGCACAUGCACGAGCCGAAACAGACAGUAAAACUUUGAGUUGUACCGCUUGUAGUCCUGAAGAGCUUUCGCCUUUUUUUAAUUCCAUCUCAGUAAAAGAAUUAAGUAACAUAAACCAAAAUAAAAACAUUGUUAUAUAUUUCCACUUUUCAAGCACAAUGGCAAGAGGAGAGGACGCCACUUCGUCGACUUUGCAAACAGUCAAACCUCAAAAAGACAUCAGCGUGAAGGAGAAAAAGCAAAAACCUCAGCUGUCUGUAUGCAAUAAACUUUGCUUUGCUUUUGGAGGAGCUCCUUAUCAGAUUACUGGUUGUGCGCUGGGAUUCUUCCUCCAGAUCUUCCUGCUAGAAGUGGCACAGUUGGACCCCUUAAAUGCCUCCAUCAUCUUGUUUGCGGGGAGGGCCUGGGAUGGCAUCACUGACCCAACUGUGGGGUUCCUGGUGAGCCACAGUAGAUGGACCAGGGUGGGUCGCAUGAUGCCGUGGAUCCUCUGCUCCACUCCGUUCGCAGUGUUGACAUACUUCUUGAUUUGGUACGUGCCGCCUUUUGAAGAAGGGAAGGUCCUCUGGUUUCUGGUAUUUUACUGCCUCUUCCAGUCUAUGCAAACGUGCUUCCAUGUGCCAUAUUCAGCCCUCACCAUGUUUAUCAGCACCAAACAGGAGGAGCGGGACUCCGCCACAGCAUAUCGUAUGACAGUGGAGCUCUUGGGGAUCCUGUUGGGCACUGCGAUCCAAGGACAGAUUGUUGGUAGCGUCUCGACGUGUCCUGUUGAUGAUGACAAUGAUGAUUACAAGAACAGCACAAUCCCACCAACAGUCAACAGAACCAUAACCUCACUAGAGGAAUCAAAAAAAGCACAUAUGAUUUCUUCAGGAGUCAUCUGCAUCAUCUACAUCCUGUGUUCUGUGAUCCUGUUUUUGGGUGUGAAGGAGCAGAAAGAGUGCGUCCAGGGAGAGUCAAAGCCGCUCACUUUCCGCCAGGGCUUGAAGCUGGUCGUCAGCCACGGACCAUAUGUCAAACUGGUCUCUGCCUUUGUCUGCACAACUCUGGGUUUCCUGUUAGUGGAAGGAAACUUCAGUAUUUUCUUAACAUAUGCUCUUGGCCAGAGGAAAGACUUCCAGAAUAUUCUCCUGGUGAUUAUGCUCUCUGGGACUCUAACCAUUCCAUGGUGGCAGUGGUUUCUGACCCGGUUUGGGAAGAAGACUGCAGCUUUCUGCAGUAACCUGUGGGCUAUUCCCGUCAUCAUCCUAAUCGUUUCUGUCAAGAGCAACCUGGCUUUUUUAUACGUGGUGUCUGUGGCGGCUGGUGUGAGCGUGGGAGCGUCUUACUUCCUGCCUUGGUCAAUGCUUCCUGAUGUGCUGGAUGACUUCAAAGUCACCAAUCCAAAUGUUCAUGGCCAUGAAGCAGUCUUCUACUCUUUCUAUGUGUUCUUCACUAAAUUUGCCUCUGGCUUAUCUCUGGGUAUUUCUACUCUCUGUCUAAAAUUUGCUGGAUAUGUGACCGGAAACUGCUUGCAGCCAGAAUCUGUCAGUACAACUCUGAAAGUGCUGGUCUCUGCAUUUCCCAUAGCUCUCAUUAUUGUGGGGUUGCUGAUAUUAAGGAUGUACCCCAUCGAUGAGACAAGGAGGCAAAGCAACAGCAAAGUACUGCAGGCGAGGCUACAAUCUGAGUCCGAAACCCAAGAACUUGGCAGCAUUGCGUAGCGUGAGAGGACAGACGACAGACACCAGCAGAAAAGGAGACUGAUGAGAUCAGACUAAACACAAGUGCUUUCUCACCAUCUACGUUCAUGGGCAUCCUGUCCCUAGCUCUAUAGUGCCACCUAGUGGAGUUUUUGUAUAAAGCAAACAUUUCUGGACACUUGUGAGAAACAAGUUCAAGUGUUUUUUGCAGCAUCAGAUCCAAAGCUUUCAUUUCAUUUUUCAACUCUUCUGGUUUAAAGCCAAAGAUUGAAUGUUUACUCUGAGAAUCCACGAGGCUUUGGUUUGUGUUUCAGGGCAUUGUGCUUCUCCAUCAUCUCCAUGUUUUUCCCCUUGUGUGGUUGCGUUACACCAUCAGUGCCUGCAGCUACAACUUUUUCUGUUGCUGAUGUGACUCAAGACGUUUUAAUAUUUGAGAUCUGAUUAUCACUCAAGGAGAAAAAGGUACGAUUUUACCAUUUGAUGCUGCAUUCAUCUAAGCAUUUCCACAUUGAUCCACUAAGUGGAGUUGUAUGUCGUUACAAAAUCAUUUUGUUGUUGUUGUUUUUGUUUUAUUUGGCACAAAGUAAGAUCAACUUUCAGUUUGCGCCUUAAGUUAUAGUCACAUGAUGCAGAAUUGUUUGCAACCAUAUUUAAAUGUGACUCUAAGCAUCAUGUUUGUAUCUGAGCCGUCACUGAGAAAUUCAACACCGGUGUGAAAUCUGUUCAUUUGACUUGCUCCAGCUUUCAAAGAGUAGACUCUUUAUGUAACUAUUUCCUCAAAUUCCAUCCCAAAGGGAUUAUAGUGGUUCUUCUGGUAUAAAUGAACAAUAGUGAAACUGAGUAACUGUGAAAUACAAAACAAAAUGUAACGCUGUGCUUUGUUUUGUUUUUUGAAAAUUGUUGCAAUUUUUGUACCAUCUAUGACACAAAGAAGUGGUCUAAACCGAAUGUUUUAUUGAAAGGGGCUGUGUGAACAAAUGUUUUUCUGAUAUUUACCUUGGGAUGAGGUCAGGGGGAUGUCAAGCCUUUAAACUGCACAGUAUGUAAAUGCAUAAAAAUAAAAACCAAAUCAAAAUCAAAUAAAAUCAAAAUGUUAAUCCGGA